CGCAGCGGUCACGGAAACUUUACCCGGAAAACUGGUAAAUUGUAGAUGCAGCGUUAAAAUGAGUCAAUCAAAAAUAACCGUAAUACCGAGCGUCUCACUCGCUGAGGACUUUGGAGGAUCGCAUGCUGAGCUGAGGAACAUGCUAUCCAAAAUGCAGAUUCAACAGGAGCUGGUGGCGAAGCAGUUGAAGGAGUUCGCGGCACUUCCGAUCGUCCAAAACUCUUGCGAAUAUCAGCAGCUUAAGUACUUGGCCACGAGCCUUCCCCUGUUCGAAUAUCCCUCGGAGUCCUUCGAUGGGUGGUAUUUCAAGUACGGUGAGAUUUUCCAAGAAGAAACUACAUCAUUGAACGAUCGGGCAAAGGUGCAGCUGCUGGUAUCAAGAUUGGGAGACUUGGAGAUGAAAAAGUACAUCAACAGUAUCGCUCCUUUGCGAGUGAACGAGCUAACAUUCCGCGAGACGAUUGCUAAACUCAUGUCGCUGUUUGCGAAAACCAAAUCGCGUACCACUCGUCGACUGCAGUACAUCCAGUUGGAGAAAGAGGAGAACGAAGCGAUAAUCAACUAUGGCCUGAGGGUAGAUAAAGCAUUUUGUGCUGCUGAAAUGGAAGAGAUAAGCCCGAACGAACUGAAGUGCCUGAUGUUCGUGUUGGGAUUAAAGAGCCCGAAGGAAGCAGCACUGCGAAAGUGGCUAAUCGAACGGAUGGAUGAAAAGGGGUCUGGUCUGAAGUUGAGCGACCUGCAGAAACUGUGCGACCAGUUUAAGGAGAAUACAACCAAAAAGAAUGCCAUUACGAAAAUCGAUGAGAUCCAGGCGAAAGUGUGGCGCACGGUUCAUCUGGACUUUUUCCAGAUUGAGCAGGACCACAUCGUCGUUCUGUUUGAUGCAUAUUCGCAUUGGCCGGAAGUGUAUAAGAGCUCGAAUAGCAGAGCAUUUACAAUCGUCGAUACUAUGCAAGCGAUAUUUUCACGCUUUGGCCUACCGCAGACACUGGUCUUAUCGUGUGAUCCAUCUUUAACUCAGGUCAAGAGCAAUCUGUUUAUUGAAUACUGCGAUGACAAUGACAUUUUCUUCACGAUACCAAAGGGCCACUCAGAAGUGUCGUCGCAUGCAGAUUAUUUGGACUUUAGACAUAAAUUGAAACGAGCCAUCGAGGAACGCCCUGGCACGAAGAAUUGCGUCGAGGCUUUAAGACCGUUUUUGGUAAAACAUAAAAAUCAAACGUUCCAUGGUGCACCUCACCACAAAACACCCGCUGAGCUAAUGCUAGGCCGUAGUUUGCGGGUUACAGAGGAAGAACCACCGACAUAUUUUGUUGGUGGGUUCGGCAUGAUCGCUACCGAUUAUCCUUAUUAAAUGAUUUUUCCAACACUAACAUGAAUUAUUCUUCAAAAGUAAACAUGAAAUUCCAGUGAAGUAAAAAUGCGAUUCUUAAGAAUUAUACAAUAUGUAUUAAAAUGAAAUAAAAAUGCCAUAUUUUGUUAUUUUGUAAUCCAACUCAUCUUUGAUGCUAUUACGAGUAGCAAAGCGUUAACGCUGCAAGGAUCGUUGCAAUGUAUGUU